AUGCUCUGGAAGUCUAUAGAAGAUGAACUACGUUUUUCGACAUCAUUUCGGAAAGAAAUUGCUUCGCUUAUCGAUUCGGAAGCGAGACCAACGGAACGGCAGAUUCAAAAAUGCGUCAUGAGCCUAUUUGAACCACUCGGACUACUGGCAUCAUUCCUGGUUCACAGUAAGAUCAUGAUGCAAGAAGUGUGGCGAACAGAGAUCCAGUGGGAUAAGCGAGUUAACGAUCACAUAUACGAUCGAUGGAAGAAAUGGAUCGCACUAUUUCGCCUCGUUCAGGAGGUCCACAUUCGACGCUGUUUUUUCAUGAACGCAACCACCAGCGUUUACGACACUUUACAGGUCCAUGUGUUUGUCGAUGCAAACGAGGAUGCAUAUUCCGCUGUGGUAUACUUCCGUGUUGAGAUGCCGGAUGGAACCGUUCAGGGCACGCUGGUAACUGCGAAAACGAAGGUUGCACCUAUUCGGCAUGCCACCGUACCUUGA